CUGCAAGUCGGUGUGACGUUCGCGCGCUUAAAUCAACAAAUACGGCAGAAGCAUGUUGUGAUCGACGCCGGCUAAUUGAAGUGUGUUGUUUACAACUUUCGUCGCGCUAAACCGUGAUUCGUUUGUGGCGCAAAAAGCAUUUACUAAUCUCAUACCGGCUGUUAACACGUGCAAGAAUCGCACCGCGCACUGUAUAGAGUUAUGAUCAAUUGACUUGUGUUCAUCUAAUUGUGGUUUCAAACAAAAAUUGUGUCAUAAUGAGAGUGUUUGGCAUAUUUCCGCAUAUUUCAAGCUAACUGUUCGCCUAUGCUUGUGCGUAUUUGUACAUACUCGUACAUAUGUAUAGGUACAUAUAUCCGUCUUCUUUGGUGAUUAAAAAUAUGACGUUACGAAAAACAAUACGAGUAAUAUGCAGAAGUGUGAUUUAAAUGAUCGGAUACAUAUGUACGUGACUGUGUAAUAUUGUAUAUGUUUGUAUAGCCACACAGCAAACGAGUAGCCAGCACUUGUACAUGAGUGUACCUAAAUGAAACGUUAUAAAAUACGUCAAUUUCAUAUAUUCAUUUGCGGAUUUCUUGUUCAACGAACGCGUUCGAAUCGCGCCGUCCGCGUUCGAGUGGUGCAAACUCUUUCAACUCUUUCUGCAUCGUAAAUUUUUCGUUUAUGAGCCUUAGAGACGACACCGGCCGCUUGAUUAUUGCUCGCAGCACGUCGCGUCACGCACCGUAAGCAACGCCUGCUCCCCUGUGAGGCUUGCGCAUCCCGCCGUCUUGCACAAGCCGCGAGCAUUUGCACAAUGCAUCAAGCGUGCGCCACUGCAUCAAUUGUGCCAGUUUUGCUUGAAUUCCUUAUUGCAGACAUUUGCUAGUAAUAAUUGUGGUUAAGACAAAGCACUACUGGCUAAACAAUAACAGCAAUACCAACAUAACAUAACAAAAAAAAAUAGCAACAAUCAUCAACAGGUGUCAUUGCAUUUCUGCGCGGCGCUCUGUCUGCGUAUGUGACUAGAUGUGUAUGUAUGUGUGUGCGGUAUAGCAUGGGUCGAUAUAGAGGCUUGCACAUACGCACGCACCUGCACGCGCUGAAACGCAAACGCACACACGCUCGCACUAAUCCAAAGCACUCGAAAACAUUUGCAACAUUGGCGUCAACAUCGGGCAAGUAGCUGCGGCAAUAGCGACGCAUGACGGUUAUUUGUUUUGUAAGCUGUUUUACUAUUUAAUGGUUUUCAUGAACGGCCUGGGACCUGACCCUCUGCCAGCGAAGGAGGCAGAGGGACCUCCCGUUCAAAUGGAACCAGUUGACCUUAGCUUACGUUCCCUACAAGGAUCUCAAUCAACAAACUACAAACUGUUUGGAAGUAAACACAGUGAUGGAAAAGAUAGCACUUACAGUACAUAUUCUCUUAAUAGAGCGUGUGGUAAUAAUAAAAGCAAUAAAAGUGGUAAUGGCUACAGUCCGAAUCAUAACCAGGAUCGCUUCACCUCAUACACAUCGAGUUCCUCAUCUUCCUUCACUACAUCAACUCAGUUGCAGCAGUCCAAUCGGCAGUAUUUAUCACCAUUCUCCUCAGCGGUUUCUAAAUUCCCUAUACCUCCGCUGCUAGCAUCAUCAACAUUCUUCCUACCAUAUCGGCGCAUAAAAGAGGAGGUUAGCAGUAGUAAAACCAACACAUUAUCAAGUAACAGCAAUAUCAGUAUAAAUAGCGGCAAUUUCAACCAAAGCUUUAAUCAAGCAUCUUCUCAACCUCAUCGAAGCACUGGCAACAUGAUUACGCAUUCCUUCACAUCGUCUACACUCUCAUCUACAGCGGAAACGCCAUUUUGCAAUCCAGCUGUCGCAGCAGCUCAGCGAACUAUAAUACAAGACUACGAUCGGAAGUUUAGUUUUCUAAGCCUUUUCAAAAAUUCGUAUAAACAUUCAACGGAUCGAGGAACAUCGUCGUUCAGCUCAAGACUUUGGAGUUCCAACGAUACAAUCUUACCUUCCGCUCCGUCAAAUUUUCCAUCAUCGUGCAGCAAACAGGCGCAAGCAUCUGCUAAUUCUAAUUCGAUAUCGCCAUGGAAGAUAAUGUCGUCAGCAACUUCCACUAAUAGCAUGAAUCAAGCAUUUUCGCAUUCCAGCUUUCAAGCACCUUCAAAUAAUGACGGUCGUAAAAAUGCAUUCAGCAGUAUGGUUUUGAGGGGAAGUGGUAGCAUGUUUGGACGAUGUGAAGAUCCAAAUGGAAGUAUAAACGCUAUCAGCUUUAGUGAUCUCUCUAAAAAUCGAAAAGUGCACAAGUGUGACACGGAGGGUUGUGAUAAAGUGUACACAAAGAGUUCCCAUCUUAAGGCGCAUAAACGCACCCAUACAGGUGAGAAGCCAUAUGUGUGCGACUGGGAGGGGUGUGUUUGGCGAUUUGCAAGAUCGGACGAGUUGACGCGUCACUACCGGAAGCAUACCGGUGUGAAGCCUUUUCGUUGCCAACUCUGCACGCGCUCUUUUAGCCGUUCCGACCACUUGUCCCUGCAUGUGCGCAGGCACUGAACUCCAAGCAAAACUUAAACAAACAAAGUAGGCAAUAACAAUGGUACUGUAUAAAGAAAUGUAGUUUGUUUUAACGUAACGUAAAAACACUCAUAUAUUUUAGCAAAUUUUAGAAAAUUUUAUAAAUUAAUAAACUUAGCCAAUUAUCACGAUUAGUCUCGUAAGUACAGCAUAUAAUGAGGCUAUGAUAGAUACAACUGGAAACAAAUGGCUCAAUGUAAACAUACUCACAAAAACAUUUGUAAAAUUGUGUUCGGUUUUGUAUAUGACAGUACACAUAUACAUAUAUACAUAUAUGUAUAUUAUAUACAAUGUACAACCACAUAGCUAAUACCUUAUAAAGUUAUGUAUAUAAGUUACUUAUGGUUGAUAGAUGAAUUUUUAAAGUGUAAUAAACAAUAUAAACUACACAUACAUAUACAUAUAUAUUAUAUAUAAAUAAAAUUUGAAGAUCAUCAUUACUAAGUAAAAACAUACAUACAUAUGUAUGUACAUAUGUGUGUACAUACUUUAUACACAUUAAAAAACACUCAUAGAGAAAACAUUGUGUUUUUACUCUUGGACUUUUUGUUUUAUCUUGUCCGUGUUCCUUCGACUAUAAGCAUUUACACAGGAACUACCUACCAUGGAUUCGCCAGUACAUGUUCUAUUCAACCCAACCAAUAUCGGAAAAACACAAAUUUUCCGCUGCAGUGAACUGAAUUUUUUCUAAACACUCGCAAUUCCCUAAAUUGUUGUACGCACAGCUUCAGUUAGACAGUUUUUUCUUCGCAGCAGCAGACAGUAGUACAAAAACAAAAUAUUUUAAAACUCUAACGAUUUCCAUAUUCUUAAGCAAUUCUCAUUUUAGAAAUUAUUCAGCAUUCAAAAAAUUUGAUCAAAAAUAAAAUUCGCUAAAAAAAUGUUAUGGUAAGUUUUGACAACAUUGCUGGUAUGUAUAUUUACAAUUUCGAAUAUAUGUACAUAUUUCGA